AUGCAACUGCGAACAGUCAUCUGUAAAUUUUCUUUUUUAACGUUGUCGCUAUUGUUGUUAUUUCAUUGGUACGCGCCACCUCGCCGUCGAUACUUUACUGUCGCUUCUGAGCUCGUCUUAUCAACGCAGCUUUAUAUCUCAUAUGGGCCUGUUACCACUCCAGCGGCGUCCGUGCAUAGUAGCCAGCAUCUGGAAGCUACUUCGUCCGUUGAUGAAUCUGUUGAGAGUAGUGAAGGGUACACGGUGGAGAUUUCACUGGAAAAGGAUCCAAACAGUGGUCUUGGCCUCACGUUGGUCGAUGGUAAUCUGAAUGGAGUGAAAGGCGUUUAUGUAAGAUCGGUUUCGGAAGGAGGUGCUGGAAAAAGAGGAGGAGUGAAUGUUGGGGACCGAAUACUGAGCGUUAAUGAUGUAUCGCUUGUCGGUCGCGACAGGCAUGCCACGGUUGAUUUGGUAAAACAAGGUGGUGACGUUGUCCGGCUGAAGAUUUUUAGGCUCGUUUAUUCUCGUAUUCAUGCAUUAGACGCAAUAACAUCAGUUUUUGAUUCGAGCAGCAAUAAGGACAAGCCGAACAGCAUUGCCCAAAAAGAAAACAAAGUCCAUUUACUGCCUGGCAGUGAAGUAUCGAGGUCACGAACUCCACCAGCACCGAGGAAAUUGUCAGGACUUCCGAAGAAACGCGCUCGAGCAGUAAGCGACUUUGGCACCGUUGGCGAUGCUUUUCCCGAUCUGAACAGUGAAGAUUUGCUGGCAAAUAUUAGAAGUGAAUCGAGAUUAGGGUAUUCACGUUUGGAGAAACUAUCUAGCGAAGGCGAAGAAGGCAGUGUUCGAGAUAAUAUUCCUGUGGCAUCGAUGUACAAUUUUGAAGGUGUCGAUGAUGAAAUGGCUGAACAGGCGCCAUCGGAAGCAGUGGAUUCGCGAACACAUCUUGCACUGAAGACGAAUGAAAAUGACUGGUCAAAAGCGAGCACGAAAGUGGUACAGCAGAAGCGUAAUUAUGAGGAUCCGAAUCUUGACUGGGCUGAUGAUCUGGUUGAUGUUGUUGAGCCAGUACGAUCCGGUCUUUCAGUCGUCACGCUUGCUCGCAAUGAAGGAGGGAGUCUUGGUUUUCAAAUUGCCUCCAGUGGUGGGAAUGUGUACGUGAAGCAAAUCACUGCUGAUCCUGCCCUGUCUUGCUCAGAUAUUCGAGUGGGAGACAAACUUGUACAGGUAAAUGGUGAGAGGACAGAAAAUUUAACCCAUCAACAAGUUGUGGAUCUUUUGAGAAAGGGAGGCGACACAGUCUCAAUCGGCCUGCAGCGUUCAGAGAAAGAACUGAUUAUUACGCCGGGUAAUGAAAUUGAGCAGAAGGUGCGCGUCGUCCUCGAAAAAUCUCAGGCCGGUUCGCUGGGUCUUAGCUUGGCAAAGAAGACUGGAUAUGAUGGAAUCUACAUACGUAUGAUAAGCAGCGGCAGCGCUGCAGACAUUGAUGGGACGCUGCGCAUCGGUGAUAAAAUCCAAAAAGUGAACGGACAAGCAGUGAAUAAUUGUACACCAGGUGCUAUUGUGGAUAUGCUAAAAGCGGCAAGCAGUCCAGUUGAAAUAAUUGUAACGCGAACGGGCACGAAGUAG